GGGGGCCGUCGUCACCCAAAAAUGACUCCCAUCCAAACCAAAAACAGAAGUUUAAGGUGCAAGAAGUUUCCGGAUCCUGUGGUGUACUCGAAUAUAGAAAAUUUGUGUCGUUUGAAUUUUUUGUUCUGUGAAAGAUUCUGCAUGCAUCGAAAGGGUGCACCAUGAGUUGCGCGGAUGUCAUGUAUCAGCCGUACUCGCCGUAUUUUCCGUAUCAUCAGAGAUCACAAGUUGCCGUGUCGUCCACGGGGGCCGUCGGACCCCUCGCACCCAUACCUACUCAAGUGUCUGCGGACUAUCGAAAAUUUACUUCGAUCAAAUCACACACAGACACCAGUCCGAGCAGCCUCGAUCCAACAACACCCGCCGCUUCUCCCAUCGAUUGUCGUUCUUCUCUUCCAUCCGCCGCCUCCAUCCGGAGUCCUCCGGCCGCCGCCGCCGCAUCUUCAUCUGCCGCCAGCAGCACUUCUGAGGGAGAGAAAAAUGAUAAGGCGGAAGCCCAGUAUUUGUCUGCCAAUUGUGUCCUCUUCACAUACUACAGUGGGGACAUAUCAUCCGUUGUGGACGAACACUUUGCCCGGGCACUCUCACAGGUCACCAGUUAUUCACCUCCUGAGACAGCCAAAGCAAUACAGGCAAAAGAUGGUCCACCCAUGUCCCACAGAAACUUUCCUCCUUCCUUUUGGAACAGCAAUUACCAGCCGAUGACCACUUCCAACAUAGGGGCCAUGACACCAGCUGGACUGGGCGGCCUUCCACCAGAUCUCACUUAUGGUGGUGACCCUUAUCAUCAUCAUCCCGGUACUCUACACGCGACCCUCCACCAUCAAAAUGACCCGUGGCACUAUACGCUGACAGGACAACCCGGACAUUUUGGUCACCACAGGUCACACGAACUCACUUCCUAUCACCCCAGUAUGUCAACCGUAGCCGGGGCUUCUAGGUUCACGCCCCAGUACGGAUCUCUCCUUUUGCAGCCCUCAGUUCGAUCUGCUGCCCGAUUAGGACCCGCAGCGGCUGCGGCCUGCGCUAGUUUGGAGAAGUCGGCGGCAGAAAGCUGGGGCACUUCCAGGUAUCAUGAUCCGAUUGGGCACAUGGAUUCCAACUAUGGCGCCGCCUACGGACCCAUGACUGAGGCUGGUUUUACGAGUGUUUACAACGUGUUACACAGCAUGCAGAUGUCAUACAGGUGACAACACAGUUUGGAGGGUCAGCCCCAAGAAAGUAAGGAAAUCUACUGGUUCUGAUAAAGCCAAAAUAAGUGAUAUUUUCUUCCCCUUUAGACAGUUUCAAGAUGUGGCAGCGACCCAAGUCAUGUGAUUGCCCGGUUGUGAAAAGAAAUCAUCAGCACCUCAGGAGCCUUCUUCUGUUCUUAAAUUCGAUUUAUUUCAUUGCAACUGUUUAUCAGCAGUGAUGAGCAAACCUUUGUUCGGAAUCUUAACUGGACACGACAGCAUAUGUACUUCUUUAUUGUGUAUAUAAAAGAAAAGAAAAGUACAUAUUUUCAUGAAUAAUUUAUAGGUCCUUCCCACAUCUGAGAAUCGAACAGCGUAUACUCACCCAAUUAAAAUUAUUCAACAUUAAAAAAAAAUUAUUUUGAAAAUACUCCGAUUUCCACGGUUCUAUGCAAAUAUAUAAGCAUUUACAUAGUUAACUUAACAUAAAAGGUUAACAUAAACAUUUAUAUAGUCAACAUAACAAGUUAACGUAAGCGUUUACAUAGUUAAAAGCAAAACGUGUUACAAAGAAAAGGUUAAGCAAAAAGUGAGAAAGUUGAGGAUAACGAAAGUUUACGAUAAGUUAAGCAAAACGUGAACAUAAGUGAUUCCCUUGUGUGAUUCAAAAAUCAAUAUAUCUGAAAUAAUUUUGACAAAUCAAAAAAAGAAAUUGAAUCUCUAACUAGAAUGAGUGCUAAAAUUAUUAUUAAACAUCAUUAAUUUUUCUAAACCAUUUAAUU